AUGAGCAGGCGGAAUUGUUGGAUCUGUAAGAUGUGCAGAGAUGACUCUAAGAGGCCUCCUUCAAACCUUACUUUGGAGGAAGCAUUACAGUGGGCCCAGUCUUUUGAAAAGUUGAUGGCUACGAAAUAUGGUCCGGUAGUCUAUGCAGCAUACUUAAAAACGGAGCACAGUGAUGAAAAUAUUAAAUUCUGGAUGGCGUGUGAAACCUAUAAGAAAGUUGCCUCACAGAGGAGCAGAACUUCUAGGGCCAAGAAGCUUUAUAGGACUUACAUCCAGCCACAGUCCCCUAGAGAGAUUAACAUUGACAGUUCGACAAGAGAAACCAUCAUCAAGAAUAUUCAAGAACCCACUCAAACGUGUUUUGAAGAGGCUCAAAAAAUAGUGCAUAUGCACAUGGAAAGGGAUUCCUAUCCCAGGUUUCUAAAGUCAGAAAUGUACCAGAAACUUCUGAAGACUAUUCAACCCAACAACAAUUUUUGA